GUUGCAGUAUUCCUACCCUCGAUUCAACGUAACACUAGCAAUCACUCACCUGACAACCACGUCACCACUCUCCGCUUCUACCCACGCCGAGCCCGGGCGGUCCCGCGUCCCACUUUAAAAGCCCCCGACCGGUCUUCUCCAUCUUGAUCUCGUCGUGUCUCACCCGCUGCAGCGGCAUGAGUGGGUUCACAGAGCUCGGCUUCGCUCUCAUCAUAUUCUUGUCCCUCUCCCUUCUAGGGUUAGCCGCCGAGCUCAUCUACCUCCUCCACCGCCGGCGGCGGAGGUGGCUCCUUCAGCAAUCCACUGCCGAUCCCGAGCUCGGCGGCGGGCCGUCCUCCGGGGAUCUCCUCCUCCACGUCCUCUGCUUCGAGCCCCGCUCCCGGGUCGAGCCCGCCUGCGCUGCCCCGUCCUUCGCUCAUCCCUCCGCCGCCGCCAAUCCUGCUUCGCCGAAGCCCCCGGUAGAUCCCGCGGAGGCGGAGUCGGAUUCCGACCCAGAGGAGGAGUGCGACUUCGACCGGUGGCGGGCCACGUACUUGGGGCCCUCCCGAGCCCUGUACACCAUCAACGAGGAGGGGGAAGACGACGACGAACAUUGGGAGGAGGCAGAGGAGGAGGAAACGCCAUUCGCGACGCCGUGCUCGUCGCCCGGGUUCUACACUCCGUCGCCAUCUCCGCCCCGCACGAGGGAGUAGGCCAGCGACGACGCCGGGAAACUCUCCCUGGCCGUCCAUCGGAGGUGAGGAUUUAGGGCGCGCUUUGCACGGGGCCGGGACUGUACGGUCGUCCGUACGAAACUAUGAGGAUUGUUAUGAUGGACGUAGUUUUUGGGAUCCAAGUGGCAACCAGGUUCUCACAUCAUGGCCGGGAUGGAUGAUGGAUGAUGGAUGAUGGAUGAUGGAUGACUUUAGAUGCGGAUGAGCAUUCAACAUGCAAACAGCACCGAAACAUUUAUUAGCUUUGACGGAAGCCAACACUCAAAAUCUUUGAACCUCCUGAAAAGUAGGCAUCGGUCAUCUGCAUCCUCCUUUGGGGUGACACCCAUCAUUAUCAAACUGUUCUGUGCCUUUAGCUUUGCAGGUUUGUUUUACUAGUUUGCCCGUCUGCUUUCUUCACCUUUUUGCUUUAGUUUUGUAUCGGUUCCCUCUAAAAUUUCCACUCUCCUAUUUGUUCCCACCCACCGUAUGAGAGAUGUUUGAAUUAUGAUCUUGAAGUAUGCUUCAACUUUGAGGUCGAAUCUUGACUCACUGAUCCACAGCAUUAUAUUAGUCAGAUCAUAUCAUGUGUUUGAAAUCUGUACUUGUCUCUCUUUCAUCUAUUGAACUUUGGAUUCAACUUUGGGUGUCGA